UCUCUGCGCUCCCGUCGACUUUGCAGCCCUGCAGUCUCUACUGCACUUUUGAAGCCUUUGGAGUAAAAGUUGCCAGCCCCUCAAUUUGAUUCACUUCCUGUAGUCAGACUCCUUCCCAAAAGUGGAGAGAGAGGGGGAAACGGGGAAAGGAAGAACUCUUUCUGUUUUAAAUAAUGUUUUCUGAGGAGCAGCAGCCAACUCCUCUCCUCUGCAUAACUUCUGCAGUUUGUGCCAGUGGCAGUCAGAUCGUCGCGCACAGCAGCGUUUUAAAGAGAGAAAGCCUUUUGCGUUAAAAACAACACAGUGCGCCGGUUAUUACACCCGAAACCACGCAUGGUUUAACACGGAUGGUACAGGUUUUGACGCCCAUCGCCGAGUCUUCUCCUGAUUCCACGCACCGAGUUUGGAGACACUGUACGCUGUGAGACUUCAAGGGUUCAUGUACUGGAAAAAUGAAGUUUUGUCCCCUCUUUCAGAGGGAAAUAAGAUUCUGUCCGAAGGAAUUCCCACGAAACAGGUGAUCUCCGCCGAGCAUCAUAGUACACCGGGAGCCUCGCGCUGCAGUGUGGACUCUAAACACGCGCCAAUGUCUCACUCGGACGGAGAGUCCCAGCGGUCGAACAUGGAGCGGGAGGACACGCGCUCGUCCCCCAGCACUCCGUCCACCCCCUCCGUGUGCUCGCCGACCUCCACCUCCAGCUCGGUGCCGUCCACCGGGAAGAACGUGUGCGCCAGCUGCGGUCAGGAGAUCCUGGACAGAUACCUGCUGAAGGUGAACAACCUGAUCUGGCACGUGCGCUGUCUGGAGUGUUCUGUCUGCAGAACGUCGCUACGUCAGCACAACAGCUGCUACAUCAAAAACAAAGAGAUCUUCUGUAAAAUGGAUUAUUUCAGUAGGUUUGGUACUAAGUGUGCCCGCUGUGGGCGGCAGAUAUACGCCAGUGACUGGGUGCGCCGUGCAAGGGGAAACGCAUACCACUUGGCGUGUUUUGCGUGCUACUCGUGUAAGAGGCAGUUGUCCACGGGAGAGGAGUUUGGCUUGGUGGAGGAAAAAGUCCUGUGUAGGAUCCAUUACGACACCAUGGUGGAGAACCUCAAACGAGCGGCUGAAAGUGGCAAUGGUAUCACAUUAGAAGGAGCAGUUCCAACAGAACAGGACAGUCAGCCCAAACCGGCCAAAAGGGCACGGACAUCCUUCACUGCUGAACAGCUACAGAUCAUGCAGGCUCAGUUUGCCCAGGACAACAAUCCAGAUGCCCAGACACUACAGAAACUAGCCGACAUGACAGGCCUCAGCAGGAGAGUUAUACAGGUGUGGUUUCAAAACUGCAGAGCAAGACACAAAAAGCACACGCCCCAGCACAGUGGGGCUCCUCCAGGUCAUCCCCAGUCCAGGAUACCCUCGUCCCUGCCCGAUGAGCUGCAUUACUCCCCCUUUGGCAGUCCUGAGCGGGCGCGCAUGGUGGCCCUUCACGGGUAUAUCGACAGUCAUCCCUUCUCCAUGCUGACCUCUCAGAGUCACCCUCACCAGGCCAUGUCGUUGCCCCAGCUUCCCCUCAGCCGCUAGUGCUCCACCACGUUGACCCUUAAGACCCUUAAACCUCCGGAUCCUAACCCUUAAUCUCCUAUCACUGCCGUCUGCAGAGCUGACCCGGAGGUCUCACAGGAGUCAACUUGGAGAACAGACACAUCUUACAGGAUCCACGCCCACUCGGAAAGAGAAAUGGAAGAAUGAGGAAACAACUAAAAAAAAACAUCUGUCAUUAUGUUUUUUCUUUUUUUCUGAGGACAGGAAUAUCCCACCUGCUGCCACUCUGUCAAGAUGAUCGUGAAGCAUUUAUCAUUAGCGGCAACUCACUGACUGUAUUUUACACCACCUAAAAGGUCCCAUUUUGCUUCACAUGUACAGCAUCCCCCCCUCUACCAAGCCAUCCUCUGACUUGAAGGAGGAAGGGAGUUUUAAAGGGAUGAAACUUAGAAAGGAAGCAGGACUGAAGACUCUUGAGUGCUGUCAGAAUACCGAAGAUAAACAACGAGGGGGACACUUAAGGGGGAACUAUGAUUGUGGCCCGACGGUCCCGGCACACACAGUAGACCACAUUAGAGGUAAGACUCCCCACCCUUUUCUCUCCAAGCAACCAUGAAGGAAACAUAAUGUAAAUGAAAUAAGUUAACUGUUGAAUUGUUUUUUUUACGAAUGGCAUUACAAAAACAAUAACAUCCUAGUUACAGUUUUGGUUAACUUUCCACUGAAAUGUAGGUCUAGAAUUAGAUCUUUGUUAAAAAUUUAAAAUAUUGUGUGCCUUAUCUUUUCAAUUAUAAAAAAAACUUGAAUCAGCAAAAUAAAAAUUCCUGCUUGUAAUUUGUCCCUAAACUAUUUUUUUUUUUUAGAAGGAUUUUAAAUCUUACAUUGGUAGAAAAUCAGCAUCUUAGCGUUUUAUCACAAAGAAAACCACAAAGCACAAUGUCUGGGCUGGUGUGUAAUUAAAUUCUGGCUGUAACAUUAGAAGCUAACAGAUUUUAGGUCGCCACAAUCCUGUUCCAUUUCUUUACAAGGAAGUCUGAGAUGAGCACACUAAUCAAAGUACAGAUCCCUAUAAAAUCUGUCACAAGAUACAUAACAAGUGUAUUGUCAUUUUUAAUUUAUAAUUGCUGAGGUUGCUUGUUUAGCCUCUGUGUGUGUGUGUCUUUCACACAAGGAGGGAAAUGGAGUGUUGGUGUCUUGGUACAUUACGGACAAUAUGAAACAGACUGGUGUUGUAUAUAGUAAGGUGUAAGUGUGUGUGUGUGUGUGUGUGUGUGUGUGUGUGUGUGUGUGUGUUGGCAGGGGUAGAGAGGUUGCAUCUGUAUUUUAUGCCAUGGCCAUUGUAUGAAGAACAGGAUCCAACAAGACCUCAAUGUCCUUGUAUUUAUUGAGAUGGUAAAUCCCUGUAAAGCACUUUUUCCCUCUGAAAUUGUUUUGUUUUGCAAAAAAACAUAAAAUGAAAUCAAACAAAAAAGUUUAUCUGAUAGACUGUGCAUCAUAAAUGUUUUGUGUACUAAAAUGCAAUAAAAUAGAAUGUGAUAUUUUUGUGGGUUUGGAUCAUUUGUGAGGAUAAAUUAAUGACACAUUAACUCACUUUUAUUUUUGUCACACAAAGCAAAGGACAUUCAGCACCAAGGUUAAAUUAGGCAAAACUGGAUAGGGAUUUUCAAAUGACAAAUGUACAAAUA